UGUAGAUCACUUUUUAUGUCCUUAUAAGAAUCACAUUAGAUUCUCUUAUUUCAUGAGAAAAUGUUAUUUACGUCUGGCAACACACACAAUACAUGCCAAAAGCUUACUGGUGACGUCAUUUUGUGAAUUCUAUAAUUACACGAGCGAACAGACAUUUGUGAAUUUUCCAUCAUGUGCAAAUUUCAAGCAAUUUGUAUUUAAAAUUAUCAAAUAAGUUAAUAUCGAUAUCAACAUAUGUUUUAUAUUAACCUAACAAGAACUAUGAUGGUCGCUAAAUUCCUAGUUGAAUGCUGAAGAAUUCUUUUUACACAAAUUUGUGAUCCAAAAUGCCUGUCAUAUCGGGGCGCUAUUCCGCAACCAGUGGCUCGUCCCUGCCACCUUCUGGGACCUAUAGAUCAUCAACAUUAGACAGGUCUUAUUGUACAUCCUCAUAUAUUACUCCUAGAGUUUUGACACAUUCGAGAAUUUCAUCAACAUUGGAUUCCUAUCGAUAUGACGACCCUAAGAAGACUUACAGCAGUUACCAAAAAUACUCUAAGGGCAUUUCUGAUUCUGUGGACACCAAUAGAUACAGGAGAUCAGAAUCGAGAACAAGAGAUUCUGUGAAUGAUACAUCUAAUUUAAGGAAUGAUGCUAUUUACAAUCGUGUGAUGGCCACAUCAGCUGCAGAUAUUAUUAACAAAUACUCUCCUGCAAAUUAUGUCCCAAAAUGCGAGCUGAUACGAUCAAGGUUACUGUCAGACCCCAGGAAAGAAAAGUCACAGGUAAAUUGCAAAAUUUGUCAAAGUACAAUAACCCCAGAAUUUAAUGCAUUAAAUGUAACUUGCAAUAAUACUAAAUGUAACAGGACUAAAACUAAUAAAACAAAUGCUGACCAUUCAUUGUCUUCUACUAACAAAUAUAACUCUUAUAAUUUUACUAAUUCUGGUACUAAAACUAAGCCUGUGUAUCGAACCAUUCCUGAACCGAAUCGUACUAGUACUAAAAAUUUAAGUGAAAGGAAAAAUAAUAUUAAUAAGUUACUGAAAGAGGAUCCUUUGUCUAAUAAAUCGAAAAAACCCAUUGUGACCAAAAGGAGAAAUGACAAUAAGAUGGAAUCUUGCCCAGACAUCAGGCUAUGGACAGAUAAUUUAGAUUCAAUAUCCAAAUAUGAUAUUUCUAAUUUAUCGAAAUCUAAUAAUGUAAGUAAGAAGCUAACUAGCAAAACAAAAGAUGUAGCUUUAAAAUUUGACAAUACUCCAGUUAAAGUUUCAACCCUUCAACAUGACAAUAGUGUGAAAAAAAUUAAAUCUUAUAAUAAAGUUCAUAACGACAUUGAUUCUGAUAAUAAUGGUAACAAAGUUGGCAGCAGCGUUGCCGAGAUACGCAAAAAGUUUGGUUCACCACAAAGUAAAAAUUACAGUUAUGCUGCAUGGACAAAUUUAGGUAAAACUAAGAAACUUGUGUCAACAAAAUCAAAUUCUGAUAUAUUAAAUACUCAAGGAAGUCUCAAGAAAAUACUCAAAAAAGAUGAAAAAAUUCUAAAACCAGAGAAUACUGACAAGACAGGCAGCUUGAAACGAGGCAUAAAAAAAUCACAGGAUAACGCCAAAGUAUCUGAGAGCAAUAAUUUAAAUUUAAAUGUAGGACUAGAUGAAUUAAAUAAUGUUAAUGUAAAACAAAAUCCUGAUAGCAAUUCUGAAUUAAAACACAAUAACAACAAGGAUAUUGAUAGUAAAAAAUUACAUGGAGAUCUAGACAUAACUAAAGCUGUUAUUUUUGAGAAACAAUCUAAAUUUAGUAGUCUCACAAAUAAUGUCAAAGCAGAUGAAAAUUUUUUUUUCAAAAAGGCGUUUGAUGUCAAAACCAAAGACGUUGAAAAUAAAUGUGACAAUAAAAAAAAGGAUCAGUUAGCAGGUACUUUAGAAAAACCAAAGCAUAUCGAUUUAAGCUCAUCACAGGACUUAUUAAUUAAAAGAUCCCCUACAAAUCACACAUCAGACAUACCAUCUUAUAUUCCUGUUAACAAGCCAUUAAGUAGUUCAAUAUUUGAAGAACAAAAGAUUGAUGAUAUAAAAUUUAUUGAUUCCGAAUUAGAUUAUUCAUGCUGUGAUGAGUUAAAUAGUAAUAUUGACACCAAGAGUUUGCACAAUGCUUUACGAAAAGAUCAUGUAGAAAUGAACAAAUAUGAUGUAUCCACUUCUGAGGUUGAGAAUAUGAACCAUAAGAGUUCCGCCCAAAGUUCAUUGAAAAGAAUAGGUGUAGACAACUCUGUGCCUUCCACUAGUAGAAGAACAUAUCAGACUGAUCAAACUUAUAUUUCUGAAUCAUCAAGGAGUGAAAGAUUAACUAAUAUUAGAAGUACUCUUCCUGUAACACCCAAUUCUAGAUCUAAUUCAGCUGAACAAGACAAAAAUAUUGCAGGCUUAAAUGGACUUAGGAACAUUGGUAAUACAUGUUUCAUGAACAGUGUAUUACAAUGCUUGAGCAACACAAGACUGCUGACCGAGUAUGUAAAAAAUGAUAGCUGCAGUGGUGAGAUUGGAUCAAAUGGAGCUUUGAUCAAAGCAUUUUCUUCCUUGAUUAGUGAGUUGUGGGCACCUGGAUCUAGUAGGGUAGUAAAUACCAGUUUGUUAAAAUCUCAAGUACAAAAGAUUGCUCCAAGAUUUAUGGGAUAUGCACAGCAAGAUGCCCAAGAAUUCUUAAGAUACUUAUUGGAAGGCUUGCAUGAAGAUAUUAAUCGAGUUAAAACAAGGCCCAGAGGAAUCAAUACUGAGAUUGAUGAUAGUUUAAGUGAUUCUCAGAAAGCUGCAGAAUCUUGGGCACGUUACAUUCGCAUGGAAGAUUCACAUAUUGUAGAUCUGUUCGUUGGUCAAUUAAAAAGUACUUUAAGAUGCACAAUAUGUGGUCAUAGUAGUGUUACAUUCGAUCCAUUCUGGGAUCUUAGUUUGCCAAUUCCAUCAAGAACAGGCCAAGUACGUUUAAAUCAGUGCUUAGAACUAUUUACAAAGGAAGAAGUUCUAGAUGGAGAUGAAAAGCCAACUUGCUCAAAGUGUCAGGUUAGAAGAAAAUGUACAAAGAGAUUUUCUGUGCAAAAGUUUCCUAAGAUUUUGGUUAUUCAUUUAAAACGUUUUUCGCCUACGGAGCGUUUUAGAGGAAAACUAAAUUCACUUGUUGAUUUUCCAUUGAAUGAACUUGAUUUAAGUUCAUACGCUGCAAAUCAGGGAACUCCAUGUGUUUAUGACUUAUAUGCAGUAUCAAACCAUAGCGGUACUACAUAUUCUGGUCAUUACACAGCCUACUGCAAACACCCAUAUACUCACGAAUGGCAUGAAUAUAAUGACUCAAGGGUUACAAGUAUAAAUGCUCGCAAUGUUGUGUCAAACGAGGCUUAUGUUUUAUUUUACGAAUUGUCAAAUCUGCACUCUUCACACUUAUAAAAGGAAUUCAAAUAUGAAGUACAAUAUUUUUCCAUUCACCAGUGGUCAAAUUUAUGAAGACAUAGAGAAUCAAUUAAUUAUUACUUAUCAGAUAACUACAAAUUUAUUAUCAUGUGUAUUAUAGAUCGCUACUAAAACUUAUAUACUCAAGGUAUAUACAUAUUUUUUUUGUAUAUGCCGAAAUGUGAUUAGGAAUUUGCAUUUUUAAUGCAGGAUUUUGAGGUAUAUAAACUUAUGUACACGUAAGUACCAACUAGUACAAAAAAUCUAUCAUCCAGGGCGUGUUCAAAAUUAUUCAGAUAAAAGUAAUGCAAUACAAUGUAAUGCAUUCGUUUGUAUAAUAAUGAUAUUCUCAAUCUGAUAAAUUACUAAUAAUUUGACUUACAAAAUAUUAUGACGGGUAUUAUCUAAAUUCAAAUUCGAAUUGGAUAAAAUGUAUUUCAUGGUAAAUAUUUAUUAACACUCGAAUGUUUAGCAAAUUUAUUUAUUUCUAUCUAAUUAAACAAUCUAGU